GAGAAGAGAAAGUAAAGAGAAAGUGGAGGGAAUGGGAAUGAAACCCUGAAGGAACGGUUUGAGGGGAAAACGCGAAACGCGAAACGCGAAACGCGAAACGCAAACGCAAAAGCAUAGAAUAGAAUCGAUUAAGAGAAUCUCAAUCAUCCAUUGCGGUCGAUGAUCCAUGCCAAAGAUGAAGCACCUUCUGAGAAAGCUUCACAUCGGUGGUGGCGCUGCCACCAUCAAUCACAAUCACGACCACAACGCAUUGUCGCACGCGCACCACACUCCUCCUCCCUCCUCCUCCUCCUCCGCGCUCCCUUCGCCCACCGUCGUCUCGGAUCGGAGCCCCGUCGUCGAGGCGCAAAACGAAGUCGUCGAUUUCAACCUCCUGCAAGAGGAGGAGUUUCAGAUGCAACUCGCCCUCGCAAUCAGCGCCUCCGAUUCCGAUCGUCAUGACACCGCCGAAUCGGCGCAGAUCGACGCCGCCAAACAGAUCAGCCUCGGUUACUCGGCUUCUCUCACUGACACUCGUGCCCUAGUUCAGUUCCAAUCCCUUCGUUAUUGGAACUACAAUGUGAUUGGUUAUGAUGAUAAAGUGAUGGAUGGGUUUUAUGAUGUUUAUGGGGUUACCUCGAAUUUGGUUGAGCGGGGGAAGAUGCCAUUGUUGGUGGAUCUGCAAAUGGCUCCCGUAUCAGAUGUUGACUGUGAAGUGAUUUUGGUGAACCACGUGGUUGAUCUUGAGCUCAAUCUGCUUGAGAGAAAGGUGUGUAGUUUGGUCGAGGAGUGUUGUGUUUCUGAGCUGGGACUGAUUUUGAGUGGCUUACUCCAGAAGCUUGCGGAUGUCGUUGUUAAUAGAAUGGGUGGACCGGUUGUUAAUGCUGAUAAACUUACAAAGAGGUGGGCUAUGAGGAGUCGUGAGCUACGGGAUUCUAUGAGAACCAUUGUUCUUUCCCUUGGCUGUCUGGAUGUCGGUCUUUCGCGUCACCGGGCCCUGCUUUUUAAGGUACUUGCUGAUAGGAUUAACAUUCCCUGCAUGCUGGUAAAAGGGAGCUAUUAUACAGGAACUGACGAUGGGGCUGUGAAUUUGAUUAAAGCUGAUGAUGGGAGUGAAUACAUUAUUGAUUUGAUGGGUGCUCCUGGCACUCUUAUUCCUGCUGAGGUACCCAGCAGCCAGAUUGAAAACAGUUUUGCUGUUAGGGGUUGUGCAGAGAUUGUAGGACUACCUAACAAGGCUCAUUCAAUGGUAGAUGAUGGAACUGGUGUGGCAGGAGUCUUUUCUGAUUGUGGUAGGAUUUCAACAGUUGGGAGGGUCCAGACAGAAGAAUUAUUAGUUAUGGGCAGUCAAACAAAGCCAGAUGAAAUAAAUCAUGUUAAAGUAAAUAAGACGAGGAGACUUGAACAUACAGAAUCAUCACCUGCAGAAAAUAUGCGUGUAAAAAAUGUCUCCAAGUAUGUUCUCAGUGCAGCAAAGGACCCAGAAUUUGCUCAAAAACUGCACAAUGUUCUAAUAGAGAGUGGUGCCUUGCCACCUCCUGAUCUUUUUACAGAUAUAAAUCCCCAAGAUAGGGGUGUAGGUAAAGUAAAUGAAAAAAUUGUUGGUGAUACUGUUCAAGGUGACACAAAUAGAUUGUUAUUAAGCUACAAAAAGCCUCUCAUGCCCUCACAUGGGAUGGGCUCUGCCAGUGAUACUAGGUUAUGUCAAUCAGCUGACUUGUUAACUGAGCAGCAAAAAGAAUUGCAUACAGAUGAUGUUGAAUUUUACAAUUCUUCACAGGGUGAUAAUACAAGGAAUGCGUAUUUAAUGGUUUCUGACAGAGAUAAUGACGUAGAUCAAUCUAACACAGUAAAUGUUGAUUUGGCUUCUAUCCAUUCAAAUAACAUAUGUAAAGAAAAGUUUCCCAAGUCUUCCUUGCCCAAGGCAGCUAUUUCUUGCAGAAGACAAAAUGGGGUUGAUUCUUUCUGUGACGAUGAUGAAAAUGGUUUUAGAAACAAUGUUGAAGCUUCUUAUAAUGACAUUGAAUUGGGGAAAGAUUCAGCUGUUCAAAUAAAUGAUACAGGGGUCAAUGUAGAUUGUUAUGGUGGUAGAAACAAGGAAGUUAACCCAGUGCUUGGUGAAGGCACAGAAUGGGAAAUUCAAUGGGAGGAUCUUGACAUUGGUGAGCGUAUUGGUAUUGGUUCUUAUGGUGAAGUUUAUCAUGCUGAUUUGGAUGGCACUGAAGUUGCUGUAAAGAAGUUUUUGGACCAAGAUUUCUCUGGUGAUGCACUGGCUCAGUUCAAAUCUGAAGUUGAGAUCAUGUUAAGGCUGCGGCAUCCUAAUGUUGUGCUCUUCAUGGGAGCUAUUACUCGCCCCCCACAUUUAUCUAUCUUGACAGAGUUUCUUCCAAGAGGCAGUUUAUAUAGGCUAUUGCAUCGUGCCAAUCUUCGACUUGACGAGAAGAGACGGUUGCGCAUGGCUCUAGAUGUGGCUAAGGGAAUGAAUUACUUGCACACAAGCCAUCCUAUCAUUGUCCACCGGGAUUUAAAGUCUCCUAAUCUUCUUGUUGACAGGCAUUGGGUUGUUAAGGUCAGUGAUUUUGGUCUGUCGCGGAUGAAGCACCAUACAUUUUUGUCAUCCAAGUCUUGUGCUGGAACGCCUGAGUGGAUGGCACCAGAAGUUUUAAGAAAUGAGCCAGCCAAUGAGAAGUGUGAUGUGUAUAGUUUUGGUGUGAUCUUGUGGGAGUUGACUACCACAAGAAUUCCCUGGGAAGGUUUGAACCCAAUGCAGGUUGUUGGAGCUGUUGGAUUCCAAAAUAGACGGCCUGAAAUUCCAGAAGAUGUGAAUCCAGCAGUAGCACAAAUAAUACGUGAUUGCUGGCAAACGGAGCCACACUUGCGGCCAUCGUUCUCACAGCUGAUGUCUCGUCUUUACCGUCUUCAACAUUUGGUUGUCCCAAAACCAAGCUCAACUCAUUAAACGAAGUUGUCUAUAACAUAGCUAUUGUAAUUGUAAUAAUACUUAAAGUUGUUCCUUGGUUCAAAGAACCAGUGCAGCUAAAGUUUUUGUUUUUAGUCCAUCUUGACAUAUUAAGAUAUUGCUGAACUGGGAAGUGUGACGUACAUUCAAAGUUGGGACUGGACACAACCCGUUCAGAAAAGAGCAGGCCCCUCCCCUAAAUCUGCAUAAGUGCAGUGGAGGUUUAGCUGGAAUAGGUACAAAUGAAGGAUCCCCAGAGGGAAGAAAAGCAAAAAACAAAAAGGAAAAAAGUACAAAAAUUAUUCUUUGUCUGUAGAGGUCUUAUUUGGAAUUGUAAACAUGCGAUCUCUCAGGUUCUAGUGGAAUUGUAAAAAGAAAAGGAAAAAGAAAAAAAAAAAAA